UCUGUGAAUAGCUUGUGCUGUGAGCCAGUAGCUGCAGAGAGGUGUUGGUUAAAGGAGACAGAGAAAAGGAGUGAGGGAGUUCCUGCUGUUAGAGGAGGAGGAGAAGGAGGAAGCGGUGAGCAUGGCCAGCCACUCCAGCGCACUGCCCCGGGUGACUUUCCAGACGCCAGAGAAAACUGGGGAGGAAUCAUCACACAGGAAACUGGGCAAGUUAACUAUAAAGUACAACCGCAAAGACCUACAGCGCUGGCUAGACCUGGAGGAAUGGAUCAACACCCAGCUGCAGGAGCUGUACCAAUGCCGGCUAAGAGAGGAAACAGAGGCAGCAACUCCUGAACCACAAAUUGAUCUUGAAGAUCUCCUGGAGGUCCCUAAUGAAGAACAGAAAUUAAAACUACAGGAAAUCCUCCAUGAGUGCUCCAGCCCGACAGAGGACUUCAUUACGGAAUUACUUAGUCGAUUGAAAGGUCUCCGGAGACUCACCAAUCCUCGGAAGAAAUGACCUUGCCCACAUGGAACACCCGGCUUUGGUCACAUGGAAACGUGUCUCUUCCCCACAAAAACGAGGAUCAGCAACAUCACUUCAGAAUAUGUUUAGGACUUACUGUUAUUGAGAAACAUCACCAAGUUUGCAAACUUUGUACCAGUGGUUUGAAGUCUCCACUCCUUCCAGAUCUACGCGCACAGCAGGGAGCUAGAUUGUACAUUUUCUUGAUCCUUAAAGGGCAUGUUAACCUGUGGAACAGGACAAAAUGUCCUUCCUUUAGUUUCUUCUAGGAAUUUCCAUGCUGGCUGAGGAGCACUGAAUACAAUUCUCAGGAGCUCAUCAAGACUUCUUUCUUUCCGUCCACUGCAAGGAAAACAAGGCAUUGGUUAUCACUCAUUCAUCAACAUGGAAAACCAGUUACUGUUAAGCUGCACACUGUUUCAGUCUGGCUGGGACCCAGCUGUUACUGCUGUACCUGACCUACAGCAUUGCACAUACUUUGUAAGUCUUACUAAGCCCUGUUAUUCAUGAAGGUUGGACAGAAAAUAUACAGUAGGAUGGAAGGAAAAUGUUUGAGUGCACCUGGUCUACUUAAGGGGGAGUUAGCGAAACAGCUGCUAAGGCUAAUGGAAGAGAGAUUGCUUUUCCUUUUUGUGGAAUUUAGGACUUAAUGAUCUAGAAGUGUCUUCUAAAGGAGCAAGGUCUGGGAAUGAUUUUUCUCAUCAUUUAAAAAGAUGUUGGAAAAAUGCUUAUUUUGUAU